AUGGCAGCGCAAGCGGCAUUAAUCGCCGAUACGAUCACGGGGAUGAAGCGGGCGCUGCGCAGAGAGCGUGAAGACGCUGCCCCAGAUGAUCCUAUUUUGGCGCCCACAAACCGGGGUAAUAAAAUGCAUGCCAAUGCCAAGUUCGUUAGUGAGGGUGCGCUCGGAUAUAUCAAUGGCGAGGAUUUCUACAAGCAGAAAGUUGAGCAUGCUGGAUAUACGCGAUACAUUUUACAGCCGAAUCCUGCUCGGUAUGAUUCGGAAGGCGACGAACUUGAUGAAGAUGAUGAGGAUUCCGAGGCGGAUGCUGCGGCCGCUGAAGAGAAUCCAUUUUCUGGGAUUGCGCUUGAGAAUCUUCUGUGUCCCCUGAAACAUCCCUCUGAGCUUCCCAAUCACCCGUCCAUGUCUCAACCAUACACAUCGCAAGCAUUGGAACAGAUGACUCAAGCGGUUGACUUCAAACUCCGCCAGGAACGGGCUUUGCUCUGGCGCGCCAGGAAUCUGCACAGACAAUUCCUCGGUGAUGGCGGAUGGGUGCCUUGUGGUGCGACUGAGACACCCGAUGAUCGUUGGAUCUUCGAUCCUCGAAUCGUCAGUAAUGACCCAAGUAUAUCAGCCUGCCAACAGGGCCCUAGUGGAUUUGGGACUCCAUCUGCCACUGAACCCCGCGUCCCGCAGGAUGUAGCACACGAAGUGCCGUCACAAACCAACAUGCAGAGCGAGACACAACGGGUUGAGCCAACGAAUGAUACUGAGAUGGCCGAGGUGCUGACCACUGGGGUGGAAGCUACCGAUUCCGAUCCGCAGCUCAAAUCGGAAGAGACCGACGCCACAGUCAAGGACCUCCCACCUCACAACGAAGUCCUACGAGAGAACGACCAAGAAACCAAGGCUGCAACCUAUAACGAACAACAUAACAUGGACCCUUCCAAAGACGGCGAGCCUGAAAUUGGCGAUGAUACAGAAGACCUGGAAAUGCACGAUGGCUCGUCUCCAGAACCACCUCGACGAAUGACAACACGCGCCCAAGCCAAUGCUGUAAACCCAGAUGGAUCCCCUCUCUCCUCUGCCGACACGGCAUCGACCCUGCCCACCCCGCACCCUCUCUUUCUCAUUCCAGACAAUGUUCGCCCGGACGCAAACUUCGGUUUGCCACCGGCCGAAGCGGAGGAAACGCGCCGACUGCUUUGGUCAUAUAUCCAGAAGCAAGAAGAGACGGUGCGUGGGUUCGAACAUAUGCUCAACUCACUUCUCAAGUCUUGUCGGAUGAAGUCCGAUGUGCUGGAAUGGUGCAAGGCCGAAGGCCAUGUUGGCGAGAUGAGCGAUGGAGAGGAUUGGUACGAUCGGGAGAAGUGGGGACUUGCUGAUGGGGAAGAUUUGAAGAAGGGCACUGAUGAGGAUGAGAUUGAGACUGUUGAUGAGAGUCGGACUCAAGCCAAAAGAGGGAGGGGGAGACGCCAGUAA